CCGGCACUCGGCCGGCGGCGCCUUUGAUGUUCGGACCCGCCAGCUCCCGGAGCCGCUCUGCCCAGCGCCCUAGCCCGCGCCUGCAGCCCGCCCAGGAGGAGUCAGCCCGCGCUCCGCCCGCCGCGAUCCGGGCUCGGAGGUUCGGACUCCGGGCUCGCCGCCCCCCGGGCCGGCUGCGCGCCCCGCACUCCCUGCGCCCAGCGCCCCGCGCCACGGCGAGCGGAGCGCACCAUGCCGCAGCUGGACUCAGGCGGGGGCGGCGCGGGCGGCGGCGACGACCUCGGCGCACCGGACGAGCUGCUGGCCUUCCAGGAUGAGGGCGAGGAGCAGGACAAGAUCCGCGACAGCGCCGCCGGUCCCGAGCGCGACCUCGCCGAGCUCAAGUCGUCGCUCGUGAACGAGUCCGAGGGCGCGGCCGGCGGCGCAGGGAUCCCGGGGGUCCCGGGGGCCGGCGCCGGGGCCCGCGGCGAGGCCGAGGUCGGGGCCGAGGCUCUCGGGCGGGAACACGCUGCGCAGAGACUCUUCCCGGAGAAACUUCCAGAGUCCCUGGAGGACGGCCUGAAGGCCCCGGAGUGUACCAGCGGCAUGUACAAAGAGACCGUCUACUCCGCCUUCAAUCUGCUCAUGCACUACCCACCCCCCUCGGGAACAGGGCAGCACCCCCAGCCGCAGCCCCCGCUGCACAAGGCCAAUCAGCCCCCCCAUGGUGUCCCCCAACUCUCUCUCUACGACCAUUUCAACAGCCCACACCCCACCCCUGCACCUGCGGACAUCAGCCAGAAGCAAGUUCACAGGCCUCUGCAGACCCCUGACCUCUCUGGCUUCUACUCCCUGACCUCAGGCAGCAUGGGGCAGCUCCCCCACACUGUGAGCUGGUUCACCCACCCGUCCUUGAUGCUAGGUUCUAGUGUACCUGGUCACCCAGCAGCCAUCCCCCACCCGGCCAUUGUGCCCCCCUCAGGGAAGCAGGAGCUUCAGUCCUUCGACCGCAACCUGAAGACACAAGCAGAGUCCAAGGCAGAGAAGGAGGCCAAGAAGCCAACCAUCAAGAAGCCCCUCAAUGCCUUCAUGCUGUACAUGAAGGAGAUGAGAGCCAAGGUCAUCGCAGAGUGCACACUUAAGGAGAGUGCUGCCAUCAACCAGAUCCUGGGCCGCAGGUGGCAUGCGCUGUCGCGAGAAGAGCAGGCCAAGUACUAUGAGCUGGCCCGCAAGGAGAGGCAGCUGCACAUGCAGCUAUACCCAGGCUGGUCAGCGCGGGACAACUACGGGAAGAAGAAGAGGCGGUCGAGGGAAAAGCACCAAGAAUCCACCACAGACCCUGGCUCGCCUAAGAAAUGCCGUGCUCGCUUUGGCCUCAACCAGCAGACGGAUUGGUGUGGUCCGUGCAGGAGGAAAAAGAAAUGCAUUCGGUACUUACCCGGAGAAGGCCGCUGCCCCAGCCCCGUUCCUUCCGAUGACAGUGCUCUAGGCUGCCCUGGGUCCCCAGCUCCCCAGGACUCACCCUCUUAUCAUCUGCUGCCCCGCUUCCCCACAGAACUGCUUGCUAGCCCUGCGGAGCGGCACCUACAUCCCCAGGUCUCUCCACUGCUCUCAGCCUCCCAACCCCAGGGCCCCCACAGGCCCCCCGCAGCACCCUGCAGAGUACACAGGUACAGCAACAGGAAUCUCAGAGACAGGCAGCCUAGCAGGCACAGGACACCUGGCCUCCUCCAGGAGCCUACCCCCUGAGAGAAAGCAACAGAGACCCAGAUUGCAUGAAAACCAACCAGGGGUCCUGUUAACUCCGUCUCAGGGUUCAGACCCUGAAGAUUCCAGAGGCUGCAAAAUUUCCACCUGAACCUGAGGCCAUCGAUUCAAACUGCUCCAAGUGGUAGGAAUCAGAUCUGUGUUGUUGUGUCAUCUAAUUAAGGGAAUCCCUUGUACCUGUGGCUGCCUGCAUCUAUUCUUUGUACCAUCUGUCUUGCCAGCCAGAAGCCUCUGCCUCUCUAGCUUUUCUGCUCUAGGUUAGAGAUGGGCUGAACUGAGCCUAGCUACCUUCUCUAUCCAUCUCCCCCAUCCCCCACUGCCACACCCUCCCCAUUCAUGGACCAAGAAUGACCUGGUUUGUCAAACAGCCACAAAGCUCAAGAUGACAACUCUUUUAAGGAAAUGGAGAAGCUCUAUUUGUAAAACAAAACCAGCUGCUACUCAUAAGUUGGACCAGAGGAAGCCUCUUAACCAUGUUCUCAGGAGCUUGCGAGAAGCAGGAAGGGGAAUGGAAUAGGUUGUUUAGGCCUAUCAACCUAAGCAACAGAAAUAACCUGACACUACCUUAUCAGGCAAGUUGGGGAGCGGGGGUGUAUCUAGCUCUAUUUCAAAUUAUUUGGAAGUGUUUCCUGAGAAACUCACCGGCCUAAGAAGCUCUGAUACCAAGGCCCCAGGCUUGUCACUAGCAGCGCAGUCAACAGUUCAAAGUAGUCAUGGCCCAAAUCCAGUGUGCACCCCUCCCCACUCACAGAGCCUUUUCCACAGUUCCAUUUCCAGUUUAUCUAUGGCAGUCCAGCCAACUCCUGGGCAGCUGUGAGAUGGCAAACCCAAAACCUCACGACAGCCAGAGCCUGUUUUCCAGCAUUCAGUCCAGACCAGCUCCAGUUUCCCCAUGGGGCUGCGGGACAGAGGACCAUUACAACUAGAUCAAGGAGCCCAGAAAACCUCCAGUAGUCCAAACAGGUUUUCACCAUAGCCUACUUUAACCCAUUUUUGAGCCAAGCUUCAACCCUGAGCCUUGAAAAACAAGUCUUUUUUUUAAUUUAAUUUUUGUUUUUUGCCUCCUUCUCAUCGUACGUAGCCUGAAUCCAAAGAAAAAGGGCUGCCUGGCCGGGUGCGGUGGCUCACGCCUGUAAUCCCAGCACUUUGGCAGGCCGAGACAGGUGGAUCACCUGAGGUCAGGAGUUUGAGACUAGCCUGGCCAACAUGGUAAAACCCUGUACCUACUAAAAAUACAAAAAUUAGCCGGAUGUGGUGGUGUGCGUGUGUAAUCCCAGCUACUCAAGAGGCUGAGGUGGGAGAAUUGCUUCAAUCCGGGAGGUGGAGGUUACAGUGAGCCAAGAUGGCGCUACUGCACUCCAGCCUGGGUAACAGGGAGAGUGUGUCUCAAAAAACAAAAAAAAGAGGGCUGUCCAUGUACUUACACACCCCUCAAAAAAAGCCUUUAGUUCCUACUUUAGCCACUGGUUUCUCAGAAUCCAAAGAUCACAUAUUCUAGUGUAACACUGCAAGAAGUCUUGAGAAAAAGAUUGUAGUGUUCAAAAUAUUUUUGCAUUGUUAAUACAUCAUCAUAGAAAAACUUUUUUAAACAAGAGAAUAAAGAUACUUUUUACUGGAUUUGUUUUUCAAAGCCUGACCCUGAGGAAUAAGUUGUUUCAGUAACAGAGCACGAUAUUAUUUCCUUUUCUUCUCCACAGUUAGGAAACUUGGAGUUUGUUCCCUAUGGUGCAUAUGUUCCCAAACCUCCAGCCUGCAGAAACCAGGGAUUACACUUGUCAUCUCCCCUAAAGGGGUGUGGCCCCUGCCUGCCUCACCCCUGAGAGCUAGGCCUAUACUCCUAAGCUUUGCUCUCUUAGCCCCCAAUCCCCCCAGUGAUGCAGACCCCACAAUGAUGCAGGCCAGCCUGCUCCCCAGUGCUCAUAUAAAAUAGAUCAGUUGGUAACUGCUGUCCAUAAAGGCUGAAAAGAGAAUCCAACCUGAAAUAAGGUACACAUGACCACUAGGCUCCAUUUUCCUCUGAGGGCAGAGAGAAAAGAAAACAUUCCACAAGUGCAUAUCCUAUUUCAAGGAAAACAAGAGCAAACAGGAGUCUUUUAUAACCUAUUAGCACCACAAAAUCCUAAAGAAGGAUUUUUUAAUAGCACCCUCUAAGACACAAAGUAUUUUUCAUAUUUUCACACAAGGCUUUCAGUUUGAUAAAUCUAUAACCCACUUUUUAAAAAGUCAUACACACUGUUGGUGGACACGAGAGCCACCAUAUCCACUUUAUUUUUACAUUAUUCGUAUACAUUUAGGGGGUACAAGUGCAGCUGUGUUACAUGGAUAUAUUGUGUAGCGGUGAGGUCUGGCCUUUUAGUGUGCCCCCCACCCAGAGAGUGUACUGUGCACGUAAGUAGUGUACGUUGUACUCAACAGGAUUUCAUACCUCAUCCCCUUUCAUCUCCCACCUUUUGAAGUCUCCAGUGUCUAUUACUCCAUUCCGUAUCCAUAUACCAUGUGUACUCACUGUGUAGCUCCCUACAACUCACUUUUUACAUGACAGUUUCCACCAAGCACACUACUGUCUUCCAGAGACCCAUCAUGAAUGUAAAAGGUGUCAUGAAGGCACCUCAAUGAGUCAGUCAACAAGUAGAUGAUGAAUGUCAGGCAAGAGGUAUUUCACAUGGGACAGCCAGUGGGCCACCAUCAUGCAUUGUCAUUGUCAUUCCACUGAGUUCUAUUUUUUGGAUUUUGUAUUUAAAGAUAUUUAUAAAGAAAGUCAUCUUUCAGAGCAGUGUCUGUUUAAAGUAGGCCACUGGAAGUUGUAACCCCAGACUUGCUGCUUUUGCUUCUUUCUGAGAGAGUGCUAGAGGACACUAGCCAUUCUCUGGACAUCUGUCCCAUUUUAAAUAAUUCUGUUCUGGCUACUGGCCUAGUUGUUUUAAAAAAAAAAAAAAAAAAAAAAAACCUACAUUCUAACCAGGGCUUAUGCAAAUGCAAGACCAGGUUGCUACAUCUGAUUUGGUGUCUCACUUAGAGUACACAGGGUACAUGAACAAUGCAGUCUUUGUGUCUUGGCGGGGAAGCCUUUGGCAACUCUUGUUUAAAUCAGAUCAGCUUUUUUUUUUUUCUUUUCAGUCUGACUUCAUAAACUCAGAUCCUCUCAAAUCACCCUGGUGCAUUCCUAUGAGGCCAGAGGGUGACUUGAGAUUGCAACCUCAAGUUCAACUUCUAAUACCACACCAGGCCCCCUUCACUGCCAGCUGAGAACCCACCCUGUUUCCUGAGACACUGUAAGACAAGAUACCUUAGCCUCCCUUCAACAUUUCCAGACAACUAGCUGACCUGCAACUUGGGUGAAAGAUGUUCGUCCCUCCUUUGGUACAGCUGCUUCCCAUUUUGUGCUCAGUGGAUAUGGUGAGGGUUCAGCCCAGCAAGCAGACAAAAAGCUUAUGUCUCCCAACCUGAAGGUGUCUACUUUAACAGAACCCCAUGGCUGGACUCUCUUCUGACAUGUAAUUAUCUUUUGAAUGGCUCCUGUGGUCUCCCGUUCCUUCUGGCUGUGGACCCCGCACAGCUGGCUCAGAAGCACUGCUCCCUAGCUUUGUUCAGUGUACAGUAAGCCUGGCCAGGAAGGCCACAAGUAAAGGGAAGCGCAAUAGUUCUUUAUAUCCCAUUCCAGAGAGGAAGAAAGGGAAUCAGUUUCUGCAUCUGCUUCUCAGAAAACAGCACAAAAGGGGCAAGGGUAACAAGGCCAUGUUAAACAACUACUUAGGACUGUAUGUCAAAGUAGAAUUUAAGACCCAAAUCUAGUUAAUUGUAUAAAAAGGCUAAGUUGGCUUUUCUUCGAUGUUAGAAAGGCUGCUUUAAGUGUGACUCUCAGAUCUCUUCAGAGCUUUUUUUAAGCUCUUCAGGGCUUUAAGAGUUCACCAAGGGUUUUUGAAACAGCUGCCCACCCAAGCAGACCCUGGUUGUGUCAACUCCCCCAAUCCCAACUUACUGUGAUAACCUUGUUCCAAAUCUCAAAUCACCCUGUGGGCAUCUUUCAAAUUCAGUCUCCUGAGCUCUUCUCUAAUGGUUUGGAGCUACUAACAAACCAUUACUGGCAGUGAGCAUCUGAAAAUACUCAAACAGCAGGGAGUUUGAAAACAGGGAACACAGAUGGUGGGGAUGUUCUCAUACAGUCCCCUAGAAUAAAAGCCUAGCUCAGGCCAGGAAGGAUUUUCAAGCUCUUAAAGAUAGCAUGGGAUUAGGCAUGUUAAUUGGAAAGGGAAAACUUACGUCCUGGGGGUGGAACUAUCCUAUCACAAGCAGUCCUCACAAGGUAGGUCACUAUUGGUAAGGGAUGUUUCACUUGUGGAGACAAGAUAGCAGCUGUGAAUUAUGUGGGAGAUAGCCCAGGCCGACACUUCUUUCAUAUUCACCAGGGGCUUUGGACCAAGUCUUCCUUUUUCAUUCAAGUGUUCUCAUUCUUUUAUCUGAAACCUUGUUCUUUCAGGCAUGUGCAAUGUCAGGAAGCAGGGUGGGGGGCUUGGGGAGGGAAGAGAAAAAGCCAGGUUCCACUCACCAAAAAAGAAAAAAGCCACUCUGGAAACCCUGCUUAAGUACUUCAGGAUACAGAGUACAGCUUCUCUAUUUUCCCACCCCUUUCCGUAACCUUCCUGGAACAGAAAAGUCUGCAAACCAAUUGAAGAAGGCAAAGAAUUAGAGGUUGUGAAAUGGUAUACUCAGGAAAGGACAAAUAUGAAUUUUCACCAAAUAGGUGGGAGGUAUUCAAAGUGAGAGCACUUUAAUGAAAUAAGCUGAUCCUCAGUGUGCAAUAAGAGGCUGCUAUACAGCAGGUUGAAAAUUUAAAGACAAGACAUAUCAGAAGGUCUGAAUAUACUUAAAUACUUCCAGAAAAUUUAAAGUUGAGGAUAUCAGAGGUCACAAGAACUACAGAUGUGGAAGCAGACACUGUUGUGAGCAACUACAUUCCUCCCAUAGAAUGCUGCUCAAUACUGGUACACAGACCAGAGGUAGCCAGCAGUACACAAGACUGCAAGGCAACAAGUACAUUAUCAAUGAAUUAGCCAUCUAUCACUUAAACCAUGUUCCGCAUUGGAAGUGUGUCAAGCAAGAGCACCUUUGACAAUACUUUUCUGCCACCACCAAUGAUCAUCUCCACUGACACAUACUUCAUCUUGAUAUGCACAGCCAGUUCUCUUACUCAUUCUCUUUGACCAUUGGAGGUAGUGAUUUUUAACAACAGUAAACAAGAAAAAGUCAUCAGGACUCUUUAACUGUAAAACCCCCAACAUUCAAAAGACAGUUUAGUUCAAGAGCAAAAAAAAAAAAAAAAAAAAAAAAAA